CUAGAUAACGACCCGUUGAUUUACAUUAAUGGUGAGCGUAAUGACGAUGCCCGCACUGACUUGCGAACUGCAGUGUGCCGCGCGUUCAAGAGUGAGGACAGACCCGUGGAAGAGUGUAAAGGUGUUAGCGAUGUCACCACUACCGGGCCGACUGACUCUACACAGCAAAGUACCACUGAUGGUGAUGCCAUGGUUAUAGCGAACACCUUGGUGCUCGUACUUGUGGCCAUUAUUGGCGUGGUGAUCACCGGGAUGCAGUAG